AAUAUUCUGAAUUAUUUUCCAGCUACUGCCUUCCAGCGUCAAAUUCUUCUCAGUAUCGAUGGCGGUCGGGGUUGAUUGCGGUGGCUCCCAUCACGGUGGCAGCCAUGUCUGUGGCGAUGAUGUCGGUGGCAGCCAUCGCUGUGGCGGUGCUGUCGGUGGCAGCCAUCGCUGUGGCGAUGAUGUCGGUGGCAUUUUUGUUGACCGCAUUUUUGUGCCUCCAGCCGCGGUGAUCCCCGCAAAUCCUGGCUACUUUAACGAGAACAAAAUGGCUCAGGAUGGGAGCAGCGAUUGGACGUGCACAGUGUACGUUAUUUACAGCAUCAUUUUAAUAAUUUGGAUUAUAUUCGUGAUAUUCCUCGCUACUCGACCUCGACGCUAAAUGAUUUCGAAUUAUAACG